AUGGAAACUACCCAUGAAGAUGACAUAAAUGAUGAGUGCCACAUGUUUGCUGGUGAAGAUAUGGACUUUGAUGACGAUGACGAUGACGAGUACUAUAUGUUUGCUGGUGGAGAUGGGGAAGAUGAGGAGGACAUAGACUUAAAUGAAAUAGAACAUGACUCAGUUGAACAUGAUCCCUACGACCAUGUGUACAGUAACAUACCUCGUAACACACAUGUCUUGAAGCCCACAGCAAAUUGCAAGCAUUGUGGUGCUAAGAAGUUCCAGUAUGAGACAAACGGGUUUUGUUGCCGGGGCGGAAAGAUCAAACUGUCUAAUUUGGAAACACCCCCUGAACUAAUGAGGCUCUGGUCAAGCAUGGAUUCUGAUGCGACACAUUUUCGAGACAACAUAAGAUUCUUCAAUGGACAUUUUUCUUUCACCACCCUUGGUGUGAGCCUUGAUGAGCGCUACACCAAUAUGAGGUCAGGCGUCUACACAUUUCGAGCCCACGGCCAGAUAUACCACAACAUACACUCUUUUGGGCAGCGAGAUAAUGCCCCAGAACAUCUUGAGCUAUACUUCUAUGAUGACGAUCCAAGUCUAAAUCAUCGGUUUCGUCGCUCCCCUAGCCUUGACCAAGAAGUUGUUAGAAGACUUGUUGAAGUCCUUCAUGGCAACCCCUACUCCCAAACCUUCAGAAGUCUAGCGCAAGCUGAUGACCUUGAGGAAUAUCGUGUCACACUAAAUCUUGAUAAUCGUUUGGACCAGAGGCAGUAUAAUGUGCCGGUGACUUCGGAAGUGGCUGCCGUGUGGGUAGAGGGGAAUGAACUGCGUACACAUUUCGAACGUAGUGUUGUGCUAUAUGGGAACAACAAUACCAAGUACAACAUCCAGUCAUAUUACGGAUGCUACGACCCACUGUCAUACCCUCUCUUCUUUCCGAAAGGCGAGCUCGGAUGGCACCCAGAAAUCCCAAAAGUAGGUGUGUCCAUAGAUGAUGUAAUUGCAUCUCGUGGAAAUAAUCAUGCUGACUCAGAUUCAAAUAGCAGACUAUGUGUCUCCGUUAGAGACUACUAUUGCUACAAAUUCCAAAUGCGUCGUGGUAUAUUCAAUCCACUAUUGUAUGGGAAGCGCUUGUUCCAACAAUUUGCAGUUGAUAUGUACAUCAAAGUAGAAAGCACUCGACUAGACUUCAUAAGGCGUCACCAGGUAGAGAUAAGGGCUGACCUAUACAAAGGUGUGGUUGAUAGCAUUCAUGCUGGAGAGAGCCGUGCAAGCCAGGUAGGCAAACGUACUGUGCUCCCAGCAUCAUUCAUUGGGGGCAAUCGGGACAUGAAGCGUCGGUAUAUGGACUCUAUGGCAUUAGUGCAAAAAUAUGGGAAGCCGGACAUUUUUUUGACAAUGACAUGCAACCCUAACUGGGAAGAGAUAAUAGGUAACCUUGAGCCUGGGCAGACACCCCAAGAUAGGCCUGAUCUCAUAGUGCGCGUGUUUCGAGCGAAACUAGAGGACCUCAAGAAACAAUUACUUGAGAAGCAUAUCCUUGGCAAAGUGAUUGCUUAUGCGUAUGUGGUUGAGUUCCAAAAGAGGGGUCUUCCACAUGCACAUUUCCUUUUGAUCAUGGACGGAAAAUACAAGCUCACUUCUCCCGAGCAAUAUGAUUGUAUCAUUUCCGCUGAACUUCCAAACAAGCAUAAGUAUCCAGAGUUGUACGAGAUGGUCGUCAAGCAUAUGAUGCAUGGCCCAUGUGGGACUCUAAAUCGUAAAAAUGUGUGCAUGCAAGACGGUUCAUGCAAAAACCGCUAUCCUCGAGCUUUCAACGCGGUUACCAUAAAUGGCAAGGACUCCUACCCUGUGUACAGGAGACGCGAUAACAAGCGAUGUGCUAAGGUUCGAAAGCAGAUGCUGGACAACAGGUGGGUAGUGCCCUACAAUCCUUACCUCCUAAGGAUGUACAAUUGCCACAUCAAUGUGGAGGUUUGCUCCAGCAUCAAGGCUGUGAAAUACCUAUUCAAGUACAUUUAUAAGGGGCAUGAUCGAGCAUCUGUCACCCUAGGCGAGGCCGAUAGCAAUGGCAACAUUGAUGAGAUUCAACAAUAUAGAGAUGCAAGGUGGGUCACCCCACCAGAAGCACUAUGGCGUAUAUAUAGCUUUGACCUUAGUAAGGUACAUCCGCCUGUGAAACAGCUACAACUGCAUCUUCCAAACAUGCACAUGGUCUCAUUUCGUGCGGGGCAAGAUCUCCAUGAUGUCGUAGAGAGAAAUGGCGUCGAGAAGAGUAUGCUAACUGAGUAUUUUGAGGCAAAUAAAGUUAACGAAGAUGCUCGAGGAAUCCUCUACAAGGAUUUUCCAGAGGCAUUUACUUGGCAAGCUGGCCCAAAAGUAUGGCAACGGAGGAAACGGCGAAUCACUCAAAUUGGGAGAAUCGUGACAGCUCAUCCUGCAGAGGGGGAGCGGUACUACCUUAGGGUGCUGCUAACCCAUGUGACUGGCGCCACCUCCUUUGAACACCUUAGGACAGUGGAUGGUGAAGUCUGCUCGUCCUUUCGUGAAGCUGCAGAAAAAAGGGGUCUUAUCGAGGCAGACAACACAUUAGAUGAGUGCCUUACUGAGGCUGAGGUGUUCCAAAUGCCAUCAUCGCUACGGAGGCUCUUUGCCACGAUAUUGGUCUUUUGUGAGCCAAGUGACGUACUUGGUCUAUGGAACAAGCACUUGGAGGGAAUGUUGGAUGACUAUCGUCGUUCUCACACGUGCCCACGUACAAUUGAGCAGAUGGUGCUUUUGGACAUUAGAAAUAUGCUCCAGUCGAUGGGAAAAGAAAUAACGUCGUUUCCUCUACCCGAAAUUGAUGAGUCAUACGACACUUCAGGCAGCGAGCCUAGAGAGAUCUUUGAGGAGUCUACAAUCGAGGUGGAUCAUGGGCACAUGGAUUUGUCAAGUUCACUCAACCCUGAGCAAAGAUGUGCUUAUGAUGAGAUAUUAUCCGCUAUUGAGGGCGGACAAGGAGGUCUCUUCUUCGUAGAUGGCCCUGGAGGUACUGGAAAGACUUUUUUAUACAAGGCUCUACUUGCUACUAUUCGUGGUCAGGGAAAGAUAGCCGUUGCAACUGCGACGUCUGGUGUAGCUGCUUCCAUCAUGCCUGGCGGUAGGACUGCCCACUCAAGAUUCAAGAUCCCACUGAACAUUGAUGAUGGAGGGGUAUGCAGUUUCACAAAGCAGAGUGGGACAGCUAAACUUCUCCAGAGAGCUUCCCUAAUUAUAUGGGACGAAGCUUCUAUGACAAAACGGCAAGCAGUCGAGGCCCUAGAUAGAAGCAUGCGCGACAUCAUGGACCGUCCUGACGUGCCAUUUGGGGGGAAGACAGUUGUGUUCGGUGGAGACUUUAGACAGGUACUCCCUGUUGUUCGGAAGGGAACGAGACCUCAGAUAACCGAUGCAACACUACGUAAGUCCUACCUUUGGGAUUGUAUGCGCCAACUAAGGUUGGUUACAAAUAUGAGAGCGCAAAAUGACCGAUGGUUUGCCGAAUUUCUUCUUCGUGUUGGCAAUGGCAUAGAGGAGGCAUGUGAUGAUGGUUACAUACGGCUUCCAGAUGAGAUAUGUGUGCCAUGCACCGGGAAUGAUGACGACCUCAACAAUUUAAUAGAUAAUGUGUUUCCGAUGCUUGAUGCUAAUCUAGCCGACCCAAACUAUAUCACAUCUCGGGCCAUCUUGUCAACACGAAAUGAGUAUGUUGAUCAAAUAAACAUGAAGAUGAUCGAUCGUUUUCGAGGGGAGGAAAUGUUAUACCACAGCUUCGAUCGUGCCGAGGAUGAUCCUCACAACUACUAUCCUCCUGAAUUCUUAAAUUCGUUGACCCCUAAUGGAUUGCCUCCGCACAUACUAAAGCUUAAGAUCAAUUGCCCCGUUAUACUUCUAAGGAAUAUUGAUCCUGCCAACGGACUCUGUAAUGGGACGAGGUUGGUGGUUCGAGGAUUCCAGAGAAACACUAUCGACGCUGAGAUAGUGCUUGGUCAACAUGCUGGGAAGAGGGUGUUCCUUCCUAGGAUACCCCUAUGCCCCUCCGACGAUGAGAUGUUCCCAUUUCGUUUUAAGAGAAAGCAAUUUCCGGUCAGACUUAGCUUUGCCAUGACCAUUAACAAGGCGCAAGGCCAGACCAUUCCAAAUGUUGGCGUGUACCUCCCUGACCCGGUGUUCUCUCAUGGUCAGUUGUAUGUUGCAUUGUCUAGAGCAACAGCAAGAAUGAACAUUAAGAUCCUCGCGGUACAAAGCAAGGACAAGAGCCAUCGUUCCAUGUCUCGUGGGACGUACACGAGGAACAUUUUGAAGUACCUACUCCAGCAAGUAGGGUACUUCCAGGAGCCGGUCUAUUGUUGUGAGCGGAUCACCCAAGGAUCCUUGGAGAUCUGGAAGGUGAAAAUCUUCCUCCGCUACCAGGGAGAUGGAGAAGAAGUGCUCACUUUCCAGAUUCGCCAUCCCCGGAUCACCCUUGCAGCUGCCAUUCGGGAUGUGUUCCGUGAAGCCCUCCUACGGCUUUGCGGGAUAAGCAUUCCCUUGGAUGUAGCCAACAGCUUUGGCAUGCACCCGUACCGCGAAGAAGACGACAGCCGGUGCCGCCUCCGCCUGACUGGAGAGCCUGAAGGGAGCAGAUGCACCCUUCUCUCCGAGCUAGCCCACACCACCGAGAAUGCCUACGAGCAAGCUCUUGAAGAACUUGAUGAACUUCGGGAUCGAUAUGCCGAUCUGGAAUCCCGCUAUCGGCGCCUAGCUCAAGAGCACACAACCUUACUUCUCUGCAAGGUGUUCACGAUAGCCCGCUACAUCGAGAGCGGGAGGAUGGGCAGGAUCCGUCGGAAGCGUCCGUUGGAAGUUGAUCCCCUCUCGCCCCCACCAUCUCCAUGA